GGCUAUGUGAAGGGCAACAAUGUGAGGUAUAAAAGUGGUAUGGUAUGUCACUGUGGCCGCUCAAGGAGCUGGUCAAAUUUGUGUGGGAUGCUGAGCCGAACCAGGGAGGUUGAUACUGGUUCAACGCUUCAUCAAUUGCAAUUUGCAAGUCAGUUACUUGACCUUCAGCAUUGCAAGAACUAUUUCAGUAAGCGAAUAGGAGUUGGACCAAUCAACCACACCCGGCACAAGCGAUGUGAAAACAAGCUCAUCCGCCCCCAGCAAUCGACAUGGACUGCCAUCUCUCCCGACCGAUACCAUCCUGGCUUAACGUAUUGAAUUACGGGGAAAGGACUGGAGGGUUCCUAUUGUCAAACUUGACCAUUCAUACAGUAGUUAUCCGUACACCUGGGUUUGAGAUUACUGAAAAAGUUCCGCUAGCCUGUUUUUUGGUCUCGCAGACAGCAAUAAGAAAAGACACUGGAAGCACAUCUCUGAAACAGAGACCCUAUAAUUGCCUUUCAUUGGGCGUCCCUUUUGGUGCAUACUUUAUUAUUCAAGGGGAGGAAGUACACAGUAUGCACAACGUAGUACGUGAAAAACAAAUGAAUACUGCAUGUUUGUGUGGGGUUGGGGAGGAACUGGUCACACUGCUGA